UUUAAUUUAAGUGAUAUAAUUAAAAUACUUGUGUAACGUUUAAUAUAUUAAUACGCGUCAAAGUACAACGGAGUGGAGCGAGACCGCAAACGAAAAGCAAGAGAAUCGGCUACGGAGAAACAAAACGCAAAGCAAAAAAGUUUUAUUUGUGUGGCUGGUUUUUGGACUGCGAUUGCCCAUGGUCUUCAUGUACUUUGCUAGAAGAACUACAAAGCAAACAAAGAAUAAACGUUAAACCCGAAUCAGUUAAAUAGUGUGAUUUUUUUAGCCUUUCGUCUGUAAGUGAGAGGAGAAAGCUUUAAGCAAUCCCUUUAAGCAAACAUCCCGUCGCCAUUUUGAAAGUGAUUUUACAUACAUACAAAUAAAUAUACGUACAAACACAACCAUAAAAGCACAUAACAAUAAAAUAAAAAACAAUUUAAUUUCCGUAAAAAUCACAAAAUUUUUAUUAAGCUGGCAACAGUGAAAACAAGGCAACUCUUAAUAUCCAUAAAACAAAUGCAAAUUAUUUGUAAUAAUCAGUAUAACAAAAGUGGCAAAGAAAACCCCCCGCGGCUACAAAGCAAUCAAUAACUGCGACAUACAUACAGUCAUCUUCUUCACUCCCAUACUAUUGAGUACGCGAGCGAGCGGGAUAGCAGCUGCAACACAACACACACACACACAGCAACAUAACAUACAGCCGUGUGACAAAGGUUUACAAUUCAAAAGACCGGGCCGGUUUGGAUUAGCAGCUACGCGACGACGCAAAGGCAAAAAAAGAAAACAUAUUUUGCAAAAGUAGAGACGGAAAGGAGUAUAGCCUAAAAAGAGAUAAAUCAACAGACUGAUAAACAAUACAUAAAGUUAAACUAUAUAACUAUAUAUUAACUAACUCUGUACAUAUUUAAACGAGACACAAACCGAACGCAGCAGCUGGAAAAGAGAAAAACAAAAAAUAAGCAAAACAAAACGUACUACGUGAGCAGCCGCCCGUUCGUCGCUUUUACCAAGAGGUUGAGGUUGCGAUAGAGAGAAGAAGCAGAGAGCAGCAGAGAUUGAAAGAGAGAGAGAGAAUAAAAGCUGUUUUUGUGGCAUCGUCAACAACAAAAAAACCAAAGAGCAGACGACGACGACGUGAACAACAACAACAACGAAGACGGCAACGUAGCAAGUUCGAGUUUGUUAUCAACAAAUAAGAAAACAAAAAUUGAUUUUAAGUGCGUGUGAUAUUUAACGUUAAGCAUUAAUUUAGCGAAUAACCAAAAAACCAAAACAAAAAAGGCAAAAGCAGAAAUUUUAACGAGCAAAGGAAAGAGAGCGAGUGCGCUUUGAGUUAAGCUCAGUUUGAGAAUAGGAAAAAUCAAACACGGCGUUGAGCUUUGUUUUUGUUGGUAGAGAGUCCGAGGAAAGCAAGAAAUUAAUAUGACAUACUCGCACAAUAGUGUUAGAAACAACAUUAAAAUGACAACAGCAUCAGCAACAAAGUCCUCACGCUUGAAAAAGGGCUCUGCCAGUCCACCACCAUCACCAUCAUCACCACCCAACUCCUCCGUUACAUCAACAACAACAACAAUAGAGCCAACAACACCAAUAUCAUCAUCCUCGGUAAAUGCACAUUCCAACAGUAUUGCCAGCAGUACAAACUACUUCCAGCAGCAUGCUUUGAUCAUCUCCUCGCCCAUGCAGUGCACUCCCAACAAUCGCGGACUGCAGCGCACGCAGAGCCAAUCCGCAGGUGGCCAGCGUAGUCGUAAUCAGCGACAGUCGCCACAGUCCCAAAUGAAUGGUGGCAGCGUCGGCAACGGCGGCGGCGGUGGUUUCUUCUUUGCUAACAACUGCAGACGUAGCGGUGGCGGUCGUUCGCCCCAAUCGGCAACAACAACACCAAUAAUAAUGGUGCGACAAUCGCCGGCAACCAUUUUGGGCGGUGGCUUCUCGCCACUGGCAGCAGGAGGAGGAGGAGGAGCAGCAAGCGUAGGUGGUUCAGCGCGCAAGCAGCGCAGGAGUCCAACGACCACAUUCGUUGGUGUGGGCGGCAAGAUCUCGCCCCAGCACCAGCCACUCAUACCCACCGCACUGACGCAUUUUGCGGGCAGCAAGUGCUUCGAUGCACCAGCACCAACGGCUUUGCCCAAGCCACCGCAGCACUGGACAACAUUGUCCAAGUCCGAGGAGAAGUUGGUGGCCAGCAGUGCUGGUCCCGCCUUGCAGAGUUUGUUGCUUCGCGCCGGCGGAGAGCGGUGCAGUGCGUCCAAGUUGCAGCAGCUGAGUGGCAGCGCUGGCGGCGGUUACAUGGUUAAGUCAUCGAAACGCAAUCUGCUGGAUGACUUUGAUACGCACAAUCUGAAAAUGUUGUUAAAAGUGCAAUCGUAACCGAAACAAUCACAACAUCCCAACAACAAAAGGAACAUUAUGGACCCAGAUGAACCCGUCAAUGACUUGCUAAACAAAUCUAUAUAAAAAAAAUCUAAAAAAUAAAAAUUG